AUGGCAAACAUUGAAGUACCAGUUAGUUUGAGACCGACCGUCUAUGGAACCUAUGCAUCUUUGUUUGGUGUAAAGGUUGACGAAGCCGAGAAACCACUCAUUGAAUAUCCAUCGUUGGCUGCAUUCUUCUGUCGUAGACUCAAGAAAGACGCCAGAAAGAUUGACGACGCCGCUCCACUUGUCAGUCCGGUCGACGGUAAAGUUAUUUACUACGGUCCAGUGACAGGUGACUCUCUCGAGCAGGUCAAGGGUAUCAAUUACUCGCUCACUCAUUUCCUGGGUGACAAUGAAAUCAAGCAAAUCGAGAACAAGAACUUGUACCACGUCGGAAUCUACUUGUCACCGGGAGACUACCACGGAAUUCACAGUCCUUGCCAAUGGACUAUCAAAGAAAGAAACCACUUCCCUGGCUAUCUAUUCCCCGUUGCCAAGGUGGCGGUCGACAACAUCCCAGGACUGUUUGCACUCAAUGAAAGAGUGGUGUUGGCUGGUCAAUGGCGUCACGGAUUCUUCUCUUUGACACCAGUCGGUGCAUCAAACGUCGGAACCAUUGAAAUGGAUUUCGAUAAAGGAUUAAAAACCAAUAAUCAAAAUGAUAAGUAUGGAAGUCCAGAAAACUACUAUUUCAAAUCAUAUUCUCCACAAAUCAGCCAACAAAAAGGUGAAGAACUUGCAUUCUUUAAGAUGGGAUCUACAGUCAUCUUGAUCUUCGAAGUACCAAAAGAUCAAAAGUUCGAAUUCGAUCUUAAACCAGGUCAAUCUGUCAUUCUUGGUCAAUCUAUUGGUAAAUUAGAAAAGAAAUAA